UUUGUAUAUAGCCCGCCACAUAUGACGUUUAACAUCUCCAUACCUGUUGACUUAUACAAAAAUGUCUAUUUUUAAAUAGUGAAUGUUCUUUUUUCUUAAUAUUCUUCUGAAUUUUACACUUUCCUUAAAUCUAAACCCCAUACCGUACUGGCAUACUAUUAGAGAACUAUCGAAUUCAAACGACUUCACCAUGUCGUCAAAUAACUACAGUUACAGAUCUUCUACCAUCUCCUUCUCCUCGUCUACCACACGCAACGGGGAGACUACUGCGUCCCGCUACGCCCAGCAUACCGCAAGAGACCCAUCGGGCAUGACCACUCACAUUGCAUCCCAACGCAACGGAGAACCCCCCCAGCACGAACGUCGCGACUACGAUGCAUCGGGUCGUCUGAUUUCCUCUUCGACCCAGCGCAUGGUUUCCUCCCCGAACCAGCGCAUAGGCGGAAGCGGUGUGGAUUCAGACCAUCACAUUCAGGAUGUGUCUGACGAGCAGCAGCGCGAAAAUGACAGGCUCUAUGAAGAGCGCAUUGAGGACGAGUAUGCGAAGAGAGAGGGAGGUGCAUGAAGUUUGGUGGAUCGCUUCAGGGAUGGAUGAGUAAAAAAAGUAUACCUCUAUGCUGAUCACUGGAAUCCUCUAGUUUCCUUAAUAAGAGCUAUGAUGAAAUUGAAAGGUUUAGUAUUUUAUGAAGAUUUACAUAGCUAUAUUUUUAUUUUAGGUACCUCCUACCUACCUGUAUCUACUUGUAAAAAAGGCAGGAAGAAAGUGUGUUGAAGAUAGAAAUAUGUUAACAGGUACCUUAAGUACAAUACUUAAUGAAUUACUUCAGCCGCUAUGCCGGUACCUGUUAUAGGCGUUGGUGAAACUUUCUAGGAACCAAUACCUACCGCUGUCAAAUCAUCAGGUUGCAC